GUGCCCUCCACCUCUCAGGCCAUUUCCGGUCCUUCGGACAGUACAACAGGUGCAAUUGGUUCACUCAACCGUAUCCCUGCCCUUAAAAAGGGGGCACAGGAGAGCCUCACCUCUCAAUUGCGGGACGCUAAAUACCGGGACGUGUACCGAUUGCCCGUGUCAGAGACUGUGUUGCACUCAGUGCCCAACUGCACUUUGUACUUGCAUUGGAAGCGCAUGCAUGCCCCAGGUGUGUGUGUGUGUGUGCGUGUGUAA